AUGAGAAGCCUUCAGGCGAAGCAGAACGCCAAAAGACGAGAGAAAGAACGAUGGGAGAAAGGCAUCCAACUGGGCAAGAAAUUUGUCAACACGAAUCGUCUCAACUUUGUCUACGAGGUUGACAUCACUCGGGAUGAUGAAGCGACCGGCGAAAUCGGCCAGAAAUACACCCUCUACUUGUGGGAAUCCAAUGCAAAACCACACUUGUACUUGUUCGCUGCCCGAUUUCUUAAGAAGAAAGGCAGCUCUAAGCCAUCCUAUCACCGCCCUAGCCCUUAUGAAGGGUUGUGGCGGCAGGAGAUGGACCUUUUCAUGGAUUUCUUCAAGAAGAAGACUGGCAUUGAGUGGCAAGAUCGUGUGUCUCUAGCCAACACACAGCCAAGCUCCUACUUUCAGUAUGCUCCUCCAGCCAAAGGAAGAUCUGUCGGACGGCGCCUCCGACAUGACCUUGACUAUAGCCGAGAGAUCAACGCGCAUAUUCUGGGACUCCCGUGGCCCCCAGUUGAGAAUUCCGAGGUCACAAAAGACUCAUCAGAGAACGAAUCCGACAUGGGCCCAAGACCCUUUGGGGAUGAAGAUGUUGUCAUGACUCCGCCACCUGACUCUACCGUUGUUUCGGAGGACGAGUACCAGGAAACAGAGCAAGAGUCUAAGCCAGCUCAGGAACAGAACUCAGAUACUAGCCCUGGAAGCCCUGAACGUGAUGCGAAAAAGAUCACAUCGCCUCCCAAACCAGAUGACGCACCGAUUGAGGAUAGUACUCCUACUAUCGACACUCAGUCCACCGGAACCGAGGAUUGCAGCACACAAUCUAAGGGAAGACUCGAGACUCCCCCGCAUGAGAUGGAGACAGAGCCCAAAAGUACACCGGCUGGCUCAGCCCCUCCAGAUCCAGAGGAUACUCCUAUGUCUCCAGCCAAACCUGCUACUCCAGCCCCAUCCAUCGAUGAGAAUGGUAUCUCAGAGUCGUCCAGCGAACCUCUCGUGAUCUUCGACAAAGAAACCGGGAUGGGAAUUUCGCUGGAAUUUGAACCACGAGAACCAUUAACUUAG